AUGUAUAUGUCUUCUGCUACAUCUGCAUCUGAAGCGCAACCGACGUCGCCCACGAGUGACGUGGCAAGCGGCGACAUCAAAUCGAGCACCAAACAAUCUGAUUCGCAUCCGCCUAAACAUGUUCUGAAUGGCCAGAGGAGAACAACGAAUGUCUGCCGUAAUGUUUUUGUUUUACGGCCAAAAGGCCCUCUAGCCGAGAUGCUCUGGUUUCCACGGCCCGAUCCGAAACGGACGCUUCUCUUUUCGAUACAGGGAGCGGCCCUCAGAUUCUCAACACUUCUCCUGGGGAUGUUGACCACCCACACAUUGCCGUACCGAGCGGGUAGGGUUAAGUUCACGAAGUCAAGGAAAGCGGGCGGCUCUAUCCUUGUACGGGGCCAAACCGCUCUUUCAGGAAUGCAGGCGCUUAGGGAGUUCCACUUCGCCUCAAAAAUGUCACAAAAUCUUGCCAAUUUUUCGAAAGCAAACGAAUCCAUUGGACUAUUCAGACAAACCGCUGACCUCAAUUCAGACUUUUCCUCCAACCAGCAUUGA